AUGGACCCACCAAAGGGGCCGGGGGAUAUGCACCCAAGGCGCACGCUGAUUUCAGAUACCGAGAAUUUAGGGGAAAGGGGCCCUCCAGAUGCAACCAGGGGCUCAGGGAAGCCUCGGCUGACGGUGGAGCGCAGACCUGAGCAGGGCAGGGGUGAGGAGGGACAGGAGGCGGCGGAGGCAGCGCUGCCCGCGCAGCGCUCACCCGGAGGGGGCGCUCUUCCGAUCUCGCACCCGCACCCGCCGCCCGCGUCCCGCUCCCUCCUGGCCGCCCUCGUCCUCCUGGGGCUGGGGCAGGUGGUCUGCAGCGUCGCCCUCUUCCUCUACUUCCGAGCGCAGAUGGACCCUACUAGAAUUUCAAAAGAACAUGCACACUGUGUCAGAACACUUUUUGGACACCAAGAAAGUACAGAUUUGCAUGAUGCCUCCUUUGAAAGUCAAGAAGCGAAGUUAAUUCCAGAAUCCUGUAGAAGCGUGAAACAGGCUCUCCAAAGGGCUGUGCAGAGGGAAGUCCAGCGUGCUAUGGGAAGAACGCCCCCAAGACCAGAAAAAGCUGCAAUGGAAGCAUUAGGACUUGAGCUGUACAGGAGGAACAAACCUGAGAAGCAGCCAUUUGCCCAUCUCAUUAUUGAUGAUAAGAAUAUUCCAUCUGGAACUCGCAAAGUGAACCUCACAUCCUGGCAUCAUGACAAAGGCCAGGCAAACUUAUCAAAUAUGACAUUCAAUGAUGGAAAACUAAUCGUUAAUCAAGAUGGAUUUUACUACCUUUAUGCCAAUAUUUGUUUUAGACAUCAUGAAACUUCAGGAAACUUGACUAAAAGAGGGCUUCAGUUGAUGGUGUAUGUGAUUAAGACAAACCUUAAAAUAAGGCGCUUUGAUGUGUUGAUGAAGGGAGGAAGCACCAAAUACUGGUCAGGGAAUUCAGAAUUUCAUUUUUAUUCUGUAAAUGUAGGGGGUUUUUUUAAAUUAAAAUCCGGUGAAAUGAUAAGUAUCCAGGUAUCGAACCCAUUGCUACUGGAUUCUUCGCAAGAAGCAACUUACUUUGGAGCGUUUAAAGUUAGAGAUUUAGAUUGAAUCUUUCCUUAGCACGCUGAAAAUUGUGAGGGUUUUUAGUUGUCCAGAAAUAACUUGAAGAACUGAAAAUCUUCUGCAACCCAAUUAAAUCUGUAUAAGCCAUAUAUCUCUAAAGACACGUUUUUGUCCCGUGCAGACUCCAGCUGGAGUCCUGCAAAUACAUGGAAGGGCAAAAUUACACAGUUCUCUUGAUUCAGUCUUAGAGCAGUUUUACUUCAUUUGUCUCCACUGGCCUCACUAGAGUCAUUGUGCUUUUU